AAAGGCACUGAGAAAGAGCAGAAAUUCAAGUAGAAACGCAUGGACUGUCCAUCUUGGCUAUAAUUUAGUCAGCUAAAAUUUAGUAAUUGCUUCUGCAUUGCUUUCGGGAGGAGGUGAUAUUUAAAAGCAGGCUGCUCAGCACUCAAAUGGGACUACUCCAAAAGCUUUGCCUAUAUUCUCUACAGAUCAGCAGAACAAGGGAGACCAGCUGCAUAGAUUUUCGUUAGGGCCUGAUGAAUAGGACAACAACUUACUGUUUCGGUUUUGACCAACUUUGGUUUUCAUGACAAUGGAAUUUUUCCUCCCUGUGAUGGAAAGGAAGAACCUCUUCCUAAGCCUAUUGAUCUGCUACAGUUUGUUCAGAGCUGCCGAUCAUCACAUGGUAAUUGAAGAGAAGACAGAAUGCAGCCUGUCGAGAAACAACAAAAUGAAUUUCUCAGAUCUCCCACCCAUCUCCAUAACAGAUUUAACUAAAAGAUCCCAGAAAGUCAGCAGGAAAGAGGCAGAGAUCAGGAAAUCUUCCAAGAAAAAAGCUGGACCAAAGACAUCUCUGAAACCAAGGCCCACACCAGCUGCUGACUGCGUGCCAGACUUCAAAACCUGCAAACCACACUUGAACUCGUGUUGUAACUACUGUGCUUUUUGCAAAUGCCGAAUUUUCCAGACAAUCUGCAAAUGUCUAAUGUUAAACCCAAGGUGCUAGAGCCAGACUGGGAGCACAACAGGGCCUCUGUCUUUCAAUUAGCUUCUCACAUGUAGAUUUCAAAUUGCCCCAUGUGUGUAGCAAGCAAAGCAGAGAGCUUUGAAGCUGGCAGCUUGCAUUUGCCCUUCUUAAAAUUAAAUGGAUAAUGUUGGGUUAUUUUCCAUUGGGUUAAGGCUACCACAAGGACAGCAUAGCACCAGUUCCCAGCACAGACAACAGCGUGGUGAAAGUUCAGGUUUCAGGGUUAAUUCACUUUUCAGGCAUUCAACAAAAAGCAGGAUGAGAAUUUAUAUAGGUUGUUCUUCCUGAAAAGACAGACCCAAAACAAUAACACAGUUUUUUAGUCACCUUCAGCUGAGCAUCAGUACCUCCACCUCCAGGGUUUUACUCGUUCUACCAUUAACCAGUAUCUCCAAGGUGUACAAUAUACCAGUACAUUUGAACCCUGAACGCAUCUGUGCCUCAUGACUUCCCCAGUUGUAUCCAUAGGAAUUUUCUAAUGCUCUGUGCAGGUCUAAUUGAGAGGCCAUUUCUUUACUAAAUUACUAAGCACAGCCGAGGGCUACAGAAAUCUCCCAGGCAGGCAAAGAUGACGGAGAUGACGCUCUGAAGGGGCUCAAGCCAUAUGAACUCUUUUUUCUUCUAAUAAUCAGUCCAAAGCUCAGAGCUCAGAACAGAAGUCAGAUCUUGACAGAAAUACUUCUUCACAGACUAUUUCAAGUUAGAAGGGACCCGUAAGGAUCAGUGAGUCCAAGUCCCUGCUUCUCAUGGGAUUAGCUAAAACUAAACCAUAAUGACAGAAAGCAUUGUGCAGAUGCUUCUUGAACUCUGACAGCUUGGUGCUGUGACCACUGCCUGUUCCAGGGACUGACCACCCUCCCAGUGAAGAACCUUUCCCUAAUGUCCAACCAGAACUUCCCCUGACAUAGCUUCAUGCCAUUGCCUAUCACUGGUCACCAUCUGGUCAGCAUCUCCUUCCUGUGAGAAAGGGCACCCCACAGCUUUCUUUCUCCAAGUCAAGUGACCUCAGCUGCUCCUCUUAAGCCUUGCCUUCAAUACCUUUGAUCACCUUGGUCAUCCUCCUCUGGACACACUCUAAUAGUCUGAGGUCUUCCAUGUAUUGAGGUGCCCAGAACUGCACACAGGACUCGAGGCGGGGCCCACACCACUGCAGUGGAGAGAGGGACAAUCACUGCCCUUACCAGCUUGCUGUGCUUGAUGCACCUCAGGACACAAUUGUCCCUUUGGGCCUGCCAGGGCAUACUGCUGACUUGUACUCAAUUUGUGAUCAACCUGAAUUGCCAGAGCUCUUUCCACAGCGCUGCUUUCCAGCCUCUUAUCCACCAGUGUGCAUGUAUAACCAGGACUGCCCUGUCCCAGGUACAGAAUCAGGCACUUGCUCUCAUUAAAUGUCAUACAGUCAGUGGUGGCCCAGCUCUCUAGCCUCACCAGAUCUGUCUGUGAGGCCUCUCUAUACCCUCUUGGGAGUCCACAGCUCCUCCUAGUUUAGUAUAAUGAGCAAACUUACUUAAUGUACAGUCAGUUCCUGUGCCCAGAUCAUUUAUAGAAAAAUUAAAGAACACUGGCCCUAAAACUGAGCCUUAGGGAACCCUAUAGGUGAGUGGCUGCCAGCCUGAUGGGACUCCAUUUACUAUAACUCUGAGUGGGACCUGUAAGGCAAUCUGUCACCCAACACAUUACGGACUUGUCUAGCUGCAUGCUGGACGUUCUAUCCAGAAGGAUACUGUGACAGUAUAAAAAGGUCUGCUAAAAUCCAA